CUCAAGUACUGCAAAAUAUUCAAAUUUAUAACCGUUUCCUCGUGCGCUCCGGAUACACGCGCGCGCCCCAGGCAGCUGCGGGACACCUCCCAAACCUCUCCGCAGGCACAAUAGUGUCCCGAUUACACUAACCGCGACAACCUGUGGUGGAGUUAUCACACUAUUUAGCUCGUGAGUGUGCGGUUUUGGAUGGUUCCGCGGAUCUCUGCUCUGAUUGGUGGAAGCAGUGCUACGUGGACAUAAGACAGAAACAGGUAAGCGCGCAUGUGACCGUUAUCGCUUCAUUGUAUUAAGAAAACGGUCAGUGACUUCCAGCUCUGCUCUGAGGGAAGCCUUAAUGAGUGCUCUUCUUUAACUUCGUGGCAUUGGCUGUCAGGGACUUUUGCAGCACUUGUGUACAAUUCAGCUUCACGAAUUCUCCCUGAAAAGUCACAUGACCAGAGCCACACCACGUCUCACUGAUGCUGAGCCUGUGCAGACCAUGAGACACUUUGCAAGGCCUGCACGGUGGUGUGGGUGAUUUAAGCAUGAAGUCUAAAGGAAAGGGCUCAAAGAGGAGGCAGCACUCAUGGGCUGAACAGGAGCAUGCUGACCUGCAGCUGGAUGUAGAGCCUGGCUCCAGUGAACAGGAGGGAUCCGAGGCCUCUCUCCCUCUGGGGGCAUCAUGGCGGGCAUCGGGCAUCGAGGGCCGUGCCAGAACAAGGAUGGGCACACGCCGUCGCCGAUGCCAACACAGCAGCACCAAGGAGCGUAACGUGCGCAGGCUGGAGAGCAACGAGAGAGAGCGGCAGAGGAUGCACAAACUGAACAAUGCAUUUCAGGCCCUGCGGGAGGCCAUUCCGCAUGUCCGAAUGGACAAAAAGCUCUCCAAGAUCGAGACUCUCACACUGGCCAAGAACUACAUCAAAGCCUUGACUACCAUCAUCCUGGGCAUGUCCGAUGCCUGCCUGCCCCACGUGGACACUCAGCAGCACCUGGAAGAUGAGGGCCACAGUGAUCUGGUCAAGUACCUGGACCAAAUCCGCAGCUUCAGCCACAGCAGCUAACACCAGCUCCGGCCACUGUAGCAUCCAGAGCACUGGAAAGUGUUCUCAAGACUGUGCACAGUGAUGCCGAUGAGGAACUCUGAGACUUGGGCUCUGAGACGGGCUUACAGAGGAAGCAAAAGUCCCAUUUUGGUUUGAAAAGAUUACUUUGUGUUAAAUAGUAUUCAAUGCUGAACUGUAUCCAUUCCCACUGUGCCAUAAUAAAGCACAUAUUCCUUAUUCAUACAGGGACCAAUUGGGGGAAAAAAAAAUUGAAUCCGGCACAUUAGAGAGUAUAUAAUGACACGCAUACAAAAGCCUUACUUACAGUGAUUGACAGGGAAUUACAGUAAUGGAGAAGAAAACUUUAAGGAAAAUU